AUUACUCUCUAGACGAAACAAAAAUCCUUCAGCUUCCCUAUAAGUUGCACUUUGUGAGAGCUGAAUAACUUAGAGGACACUAUUUUUACUGUGACACAAGAACUAAAGCAUCAUCAUGAGCAACAAAACUAAAUCAUCGAAUGCAAAGUUUUACAAGGAACCAGUAAUGGUAGAGGAAAUGUACACUGGAUAUUUGCAGAAAUCUCCUGCUUCACCGAUCAUUGCAAAAAACCUUCUGUCACAGAAAUCAUGGAAGCGGCGUUUUUUUGUGCUCUCCAAGACUGUUGAUAAUAACCACCAGCUGACAUAUUAUCCAAGCAACGAAAAGAGAGACAAGCCUUUGGGAAAGAUAGAUCUUUCCAAGAUAAGCCUGUUGUUUACUAGCCCAGAGACACAUCCAACAUGGGACUGGAUCCAAAAACACUUCAAGUGUCCUUCAUCCUCUGUGCUCUUCAUGACGGUGGAAACUAGAGACUAUUUUCUCAUUGGACAAAACAGUGAUGAUGUGGAUGGCUGGCUCAAUGCAAUAGUCACUGCACUGAAGAAAUCACAAUGUAAACCAAAUACAGAUGAUCCCCCGCAGGACAACAGAAUCAGAUCAAUAUCUGCACCUCUAAACUGCUCAGAACCAAAAGUUGAAGAUCACCAUGAUGAAAGAUGGUCAGCGCCUGCUCUAAUGUCGGCUUCCUUUUCAACACAAAGCCAUUAUGACUACCCUCGCAAGUUCAGUGAACCUUCAGUACCGGCAGAGCGCAAGCUCUCAGUUAUUGAGGUUCAAGAUGAGAAGACAAAGGAGGAAGAUAAAUCUCCAGAAAAGAGCAGUGAAUAUAUGUGCAUGGCAUCAGUACAAAUAGCUUUGGAAGAUGACCAGCAGGAGAAAAGCACUGCAUGCGCACAAAGUUGCAUUGAUGGUCGCGAUCCGUCUGUGUGCAAUGGCGCAGUCAACGAGGAAACAGAUGCCGAAAAUCAAAAAACGAAUAAAGAAAAGAGAAAUUCUGAUUCACGUGAGCAUUCACAACCACGUCAUCACAACUUCAAUGGUAACCAUGCAUCGACUGAGCUGGACAAAGCACCUUCAAACAAAAGUGGAACGGAAACACAUGUUGAAAAGGAGAUCUGCAUUAGUCAAAACAGCCUGAAAAACUGUCUGGUUUUAACGGAGGAAGAAGGCAAACCAUGUGUGUCUGAGUGUCGGCAGAGUGAGGACUCGUGUCUUUUCCACAAGGGUGAUCAGAUCCUGGCCUUCAACGAUCUGCUGAUAGACACAGUAGAUGAGAUACAGACAUACCUUAGAAGACUCAGCAAGGAUGAGGUUAAACUCACCAUUCGGCGACUUCCAGGAUCCCAGCCUCUCCACAGUGAAGCCUGUCCAUCACACUAAGGACAUGACAGAAACAUCACAUCAUCUCUCGACAGCAACCAUUGAGAUAUCAGAAAUGUUGUGCACAAGUGUAGUUCAAGGUUAUGACUUCCAGGUUGUUUGGCAUUUAUUCUUUAGAUUCCAGCCAUAAAGGAGGAAAACACAGCAUUAAUAAGUUACAGAAGAGGCAAUGAGGUUAUCCAAAGUAUUUGUCCUCUGUGCAUGUACAGUACUGUACAUAAAGCAUGUAAAUAUGUAAAUUGACUUUUAAAGUCACUGAUCUUAAAAGAAACUGGCUGUAUAUAUACUGUAUGUACUAUAUGAGACAGUAGUGGGAAUAUGAGUUAAUGUUUGUUUAUUUGAAAAACAAGACUUAAGUAUUACUUUAUAACAAGUAUGAAGGAUAAUUCACAGCAAAAUACGCAGUUCUAAACUGUUCAUAUAUUAUAAGCUCUUUAAAGCUGCACUUUCUAACAGUAUGAGAUACUUUAUAUACUGUGUAUAUAAACAUUUAUGUGUAUUAUAUUUUGCAAUGCAUUUAAACAAUGAUGUUUUGCUAUUAUUGAUUAAUCAAUGAUUAAAAUGUGUCAGUUACUCUUGAUAAAUGAUCACUGAAGAAUAUGUAGUUUAUUUUUAUAUGCAGAUGAAUUAUGCUGUAGAAAUACAUGUGUUUGCACACUGUUACAAUGUGAAGUAUUAUUAAAAUUUUUGAAACAUU